AUGUCCUCGAACGCCAACGAGACGAGCCGCGACACGCCCGACUGCCAGCCUGACCUCCCCUCGCCUCGUCUUCCUCCCGAGAUCCUCGACCGCAUACUCGACCACAUCGACGGCAAGACUUGGUCAUUCUACUCGAGUCCGACUCGCAUCGACUACGGACGCAGCAUCAGCCUCGUCUGCCGCGCCUGGCGUGAACGUGGAACCGCCUGGGUUUGGUCUCGCGUCGACCUCGACUUGACGACCCGCGACGAGACGCUUCAGCACAUGCUCAAAUACCCGCGCACGGCCAAAUGGCUUGAGAUGCUCUACACGAAGGGGCCGAAACUCUACGAGGAUGUGAAGGACAAGUUCGACUCGGAAGAGUGGUACAAGGAGGUCAUUGUGCAGAACUGCUGCGACCUGGGCCGCCUCUUCGCACAUUGCGAACACUUGCGCGAGCUGCACAUCUUCUCGGGUCACGGAAUCCUACUCGAGACUCUCUUUCCGCUUCGGUCGGUCGCAAAGCACUCGACCAUCAAGAUCGUGACCUUCGAAGCGUACUCGUACACAGACGGUGACGCCUUCAUGCGCAUGAUGCAUGCAGUCCCCGGUGUCGAACACCUCAACGUUCCGUUUGGCCUGCUCACUCUAGACGGCUCCGCGCUGACUGCAGAGAAUGCGCUCGUCCGUCGACUUCCGCCGAUGAGCUUCCGCGAUCUUUACCUCGAUUGGUCGGCAGCGUCUCUCGACAGCAGCCUCAUCAGUGAAACCAUCUUCCAGAACGUCUUGUACGCCAUCAACCCUGCGACUCUGGGUCAGAUCAGCUUGUCGCCCAUCGAACAAACGACUCUCGCGCUGUUGCAAAGUCUUACACCCACCUUCACGACCCUCAACUACCUUUGUCUUCAUCUCGACGGCCACGACCUCCUGUACGGGUCGCUUGGCGCGAUCACGGCGGCCAUAAGUGGGUUGCCGAAGCUCAAACACCUUCUGCUGCGGACCUGCGGCAUCCUGACGCCGGCGCUCGUCAAUCCUGCCCCGACACAAGUAUUGUCCACCUUCUUCGAGUCGCUCCCGCAUCAGCUCGAAACCCUCGAGCUGCAGGCUGUGUUUCCGCCUAUCGCCGAAGACUUGCAUCUUGUCCCCGACUUGAUCCUCGACUUCAUCAAUUCGCGUGCCAAAGCUCCCAUCAUCUCCAUCGACUACCGACUGAGACGCGCCGACAAGUCCUCCCCCUCGGACUCGGCACAAGGCGAGGACUCGGCGUCUGAGCAGACCAGCUUUGUCGACCUCCUCAACAAGGUCAUGAGGGGAGAAGGAACGGCCGACGAGACUGCAGCUCUGGCUGUCGGGGUCGAGGAAGACGGAUCAGAGGGGGAUAACGAGGUGGACCAGCCUAUCGAGAAUGCCGCUAAGACAGUCGACGAAUCGCCCGAGAUACUAGCCGGCGAAGUCAGCCCAGACGCUCGCCCGACGUCAAGCAGCCUAGAGGUUGAGCCAGACCAGGAUUCGAUUCCAGGACCACUCCGCACUGCGAUUCAAGACCUUCGUGCGCGCAGUCACGACGAACGCAUCACCCGCCACGGUUCUACCGUCACUCGUCGCAACCCCAAGACUGGCGAGGCGCUCUUACAUGGCUGGCAGAUCGACAGCGAGGUCUGGAAGGAGACGCCGAACGAGUAG